UUGGAUUUUUCCCGUAUUUAAUAUAUAAAUAACUGUAGAAAUCAAGCAAACAUGAGUGGUAUGUCAGGUGUAACGUUGGAUGCGGAGUGUUUGACCGUAUUCGAAGAGGUUAAGAUGAAGGCUAAUCAUAAAUACGUGUUAUUUGGGAUGUCAGCCGAUAACUCCAAAAUCGUUGUCAUCAAAAAAGGAUCUGAUAAGGCCAAAUACGAGGAAUUUCUCAAGGAACUGGCCGACGUUCAAACUCAUAAGGAUUGCCGAUAUGCUCUGGUGGAUUUUGAUUUUGUCAGUCCCAAGACCAACCAACCUUCUCAUAAACUUAUCUUCUAUAUAUGGUGUCCAGAUAGCUCUGACACAAAGAAGAAGAUGCUGUACACUUCUAGUAAAGAAGCUUUGAAAAAAUCACUACAGGGUGUAUUAGUAGAAAUUCAAGGCAAUUCCAUGGCCGAUGUUCAGUAUAACAAAGUGUUGACUAAAGUUACCGAAAAAUAG